CACAAUACCAAAAUCUGAACUCGGACGAGUAGUGGAUGAUGGCUUCUUCCUUUUCCUGUCUUGCUGCUUUUUUUGUGGCAAUUUUGGUACAGUUUCUCUUAGUCUCUGCUUCAACAAAGUCUAUCGACGCCAUAUGCCAACAUGUCACCGGCAAACGCUUCUGCCUCAAAACUUUGAGUGCUUAUCCUCCGGCGGCUUCCGCCACCACCACGUUCCAAGCGGUGAGGGCCGCUAUCCACAUUGCCAAGUCCUAUGCCGAGAAGUGUAGAAAAUUCACCGAAAAAACUGCAAAAGAGAAUCCAAAACCGAAGGACCAAUUCAUGGAUUGUCAAGAUGCCUACCUUAGGAUUAUACUUUCUCUCAGGAGUGCUGCCGGGGAGCUCAAAGAAUCACCGGAAACUUCAAACUAUGAUGUCAUGGUUUGUACGGACCAAACCACGAUGGUGAAGAACUUGGUCGGGAAAAAUAGAGACGUGGCUUCAAAUACUAUCAUGAAGAUGACACUGAUGAUGAAUAAGCUUAUUGUUAUUGCCGUUGGAGCCACUGAAGCUCUUUCCCUAUAGCAUAUAGGGACCAUGAGAACACACGCUGGUUUGUAAGCCGAAAUAGUAACUACAAAUUGAUUGAAUUGGCUGAAUUUAGGUGAUGAUUGUUUUCCUAGUUUUUAGAUUUUAGUUUCUAGUUUUUG